UGUAGUUUAAUAUCUAUUUCCUCCGUCACCUUCUCCGUUACCGGUGAAAUACCUCGCCGCCUUCGUUAGCCGGGAUAUUCAUCGCUUGCAAGUGCCUUUUUUACGUCUCUCUUGCCGUCGAUUUGGUUGUUUUAUCUGAAUACAUGAUCUCAGUUUCAGUUGUUGUUAAGAUUCUAAAAGGCGAUUUUGGAGGUGAUGAGAGCAAGUGUCAUCUUGAAAAUGCAGCGAAGCCUCUCAAUGGAUUUGCCUUCACUGAUUCCUCCGCAACUUCCAUCUCGGAUACAUCUGAAGUGACGGUCAGUUCGCUGGAGAAGACAAAGCAAAGCUGCGGAGAAUGGAAGUUUGCCCUCUUGGAGUUGGCUGAUUCUCAUUAUGCUGCAAUCUGUACUGAAGAUGAUCAAGCUAGUGGAGGUGCAAUUUCAAUCGACAGACUAAAGAGUCCAUUUAUUCAGUGGUUUCUUUAUCACAUCUUUUUUAUUCUUGCAGGUGCUCCUAUGAAGGUGAUUGUCCGAAAAACCAUCCCCUUUGUAGAAGAUGAACUUAUUUCUGAAUCCAAACUUCUGUAAUUAAGUGCAGCCUUCAACCUUUAGAUUUCUGUAAUCAUCUUGUUUUGAAUACAUCCUAUGUAGUACAUUAUGUACAGUGCAAUCGACCAAUCAAAGCUAUGAAAUACC